GUGCGUUGUUUUGUCCCUUCGUGGACGGACUUAAGCUCGACAUGACGUGUUUACUGGCUAUCAAAGGGUGAAAAAUUACAAAAUGAAUUCCAACAACAAUAAUAGUAAAUCGGCGCCGAAGCUUCCUUCGAACUUAGUUUUAACCGCAGUGCUGACGGGUUCUAUAACGAUAGUGGCAUCAUUACUUUACUUUUCUUUAAGUAUAGUUGCGUUAGUAUACAGAUUCAAAUGUAAUGCGAAGGAACCAGAGAACGUGAGCGGUUCGGGUCUAUUUCUGGAUGUUGUGUACAGAGCUUACAUCUUAGAUGGAGGAUGUCAAAAUGCAUUCAAUAAUGAGGAGAUCACCCAAGACUAUUCAGUAUUCGUGUUUGCGCUGAUCACUCUGGUCGUUUCAGUCGUGUCUCUGAUCGCAGCCUCUAUUCUUAUUUCAGUGGUGACAACUGAACGGGGGAUUCAGUACCUCACAAUAGUUGUGUGCGGGCACAUAGGAGUGUACAUUGCUUCACUGACCGUCGAUUUGACUGUCGCCGUACACUUUGGGAUGGACUACUCACAUUUCAACGGUCUCUUAAAUGAAUCAUCGCCCGGCCUCAGCAUGAAUUAUAUGAUGGACUUGUUACGUCUAGGCGCCUUUAGUCUUAUGGUGAUAAGUCUCAAAGGAUUUAUUGUGCACAUUAUCAACAUAGUAUUGCUGAUUUUAUUGGUCGUGUACUUACUUCAGUACUCAUCGGAUUUGGAUAAACAGGAGCAUUCUAUUCAUAAAUUGGGAGCAUUAAAAGCCUACGACACAAAGCGGUCCAGAGAGCCCCAACAUAACCAUCGCGAUACUUACCAGCCGCCUAGAGGGCAGCAAUUGAAUUAUGGGUACUUGAGUGAUGAAGAACCACCGCGAAGCCCUAUGCGCGACACUACCCGGUCGGAUUACUCUGGGGUAGGCUACGAUAGAUCGUACUCGUGGCAGCACGGGCCCGGCAGUAGUAGCGGCAGGCCGUUUUCGUACUUGGAAGAGGCCAAGCGGCAGGCUCCGGCGAGGCCUCCGCCCUCUCCAGCCGUGGAGAACAGCUGGCGAGACCCCUGGCGCUCCAAUGGGCCUCCAGUACCGGCGCCCGACUAUAGCCCGACCCCUAGACGCCUCAAACCAGCCCUCAAAUCUGGCUACAUGUAAUUACACUUUGUCUUUUCCCACGACUGCAAUCAUGUGGUUUGACUAAGUCGAUUGAGCACCUCCUGGAUGCUGGUUCAUUUCAGGAAUUGAAGGCUAUAACACCUAGGAAUAGUAUUUGGUGAAAGAAUUUCCAGUGAUGAAAUUGUUUCAUAUUAAUUAUAGUAUUAGUAGACUACUAGCGUACUUUGGUGAUAUCGUUUUGAAAACGCUCUGUUAAUCCAAUACUACUUCAAUUUUAAAAUGCUCCUCCCGUUUGUUUAUAUUUUAUUU